CCGCGUGCACACACGCGCCCACCGCGGCUCGGGCUGGCUGAGCGCGGGCGAGUGUGAGCGCGGGCGAGUGUGAGCGCGAGUGUGCGCACGCCGCGGAGAGCCUCUGCCCUCGCCUCGCACCCUGCUCAGGGCAUCUUGAGAGCCUGGAAACGUGAACAGGCUUAAAGUAUGGCAUGUUGCAAAGAUGGUUUCUGCCAAGAAGGUACCCGCGAUCGCCACGUCCUCCCGGGUCAGUUUCGCCCUCCUGCACUUCCUUUGCCUGGCGGCUUGUUUAAACGAAUCCCCAGGACAAAACCAAAAGGAGGAGAAAUUAUGCCCGGAAAAUUUUACCCGCAUCCUGGACAGCUUACUCGAUGGUUAUGACAACAGGCUGCGUCCUGGAUUUGGGGGUCCUGUUACAGAAGUAAAAACUGACAUAUAUGUCACCAGCUUUGGACCUGUUUCUGAUGUGGAAAUGGAAUACACAAUGGAUGUGUUCUUCAGACAGACGUGGAUUGACAAAAGACUAAAAUAUGAUGGCCCCAUUGAAAUUUUGAGAUUGAACAAUAUGAUGGUAACAAAAGUAUGGACACCUGAUACUUUCUUCAGGAAUGGAAAGAAAUCUGUUUCACAUAAUAUGACAGCUCCAAACAAGCUUUUUAGAAUUAUGAGAAAUGGCACUAUUUUAUACACAAUGAGACUCACCAUAAGUGCGGAGUGUCCCAUGAGAUUGGUGGAUUUCCCCAUGGAUGGUCAUGCAUGCCCUUUGAAAUUUGGAAGUUAUGCAUAUCCGAAGAGUGAGAUGAUUUAUACAUGGACAAAAGGUCCUGAGAAAUCAGUGGAAGUUCCAAAGGAGUCUUCCAGCUUAGUCCAAUAUGACUUGAUUGGGCAAACUGUGUCGAGUGAAACUAUCAAGUCCAUUACGGGUGAAUAUAUUGUUAUGACAGUUUACUUCCACCUCAGACGGAAGAUGGGUUACUUUAUGAUUCAGACAUAUAUUCCGUGUAUUAUGACAGUGAUUCUUUCUCAAGUUUCAUUCUGGAUAAACAAGGAAUCAGUUCCAGCUAGGACUGUGUUUGGGAUAACCACAGUCCUCACCAUGACCACACUGAGCAUCAGUGCCCGGCAUUCUUUGCCCAAAGUGUCCUAUGCUACUGCCAUGGAUUGGUUUAUAGCAGUCUGCUUUGCUUUCGUAUUUUCCGCACUUAUUGAGUUUGCUGCUGUCAAUUAUUUUACCAAUAUUCAAAUGGAAAAAGCCAAAAGGAAGUCAUCAAAAGCCCCCCAGGAGAUCCCAGCUGCUCCAGUGCUGAGAGAAAAGCAUCCUGAAACACCUCUACAGAACACAAAUGCCAAUCUGAAUAUGAGAAAAAGAACAAAUGCCUUGGUUCACUCUGAAUCUGAUGCUGGCAACAGAACUGAGGUGGGAAACCAUUCGAGCAAAUCCUCCACAGUUAUUCCAGGAUCUUCUGAAGGCACAUCGCAGUCUUACUUAGCUUCCAGUCCAAACCCAUUCAGCCAUGCGAAUGCAGCCGAAACAAUAUCUGCUGCAAGAGCACCUCUCUCUGCUCCUCCCUCUACUCCUGGGAGAACUGGGGACGUGCCCCAACAGGCUUCUGCUGGACCUGCUUCUACCCAGCGUGUGUUUGGAUCAAGACUGGAGCGAAUUAAGACCACUGUUAAUACCACAGGGGCUUCUGGGAAGUUGUCAGCAACUACUCCUCCUUCUGCCCCACCGCCGUCUGGGUCUGGCACAAGCAAAAUAGACAAAUAUGCCCGUAUUCUCUUUCCAGUAACAUUCGGGGCAUUUAACAUGGUCUAUUGGGUUGUUUAUUUAUCUAAGGACACUAUGGAGAAAUCAGAAAGUCUAAUGUAAUUUUGUUCCUAGAAUAGUUUCCUAAAAGAUGAUGACCUUAAUACAGAAUGCCUUUUUACAUGUUUUUAAAGAUAAACCAUUAUUCUUUAUUAAAAUAAAAAGCCUAUGUAAUUUUUACAUUCAAAAACAAUCCAAGCCAGUUAUUGGGAGAGUUAAUCCAUCCCUCAGUGAAGAGAGAGUGAGCCAUCUUUCAUUUCAGAAAAAUGAUUUGAAUAGAAUCAAUUCAGCAUUCAAAUUAGAUGAAAUACAGACCAUCCUGGAAAGUUGGGACAAGAGAAAUAGGGCUAUUAGAGAUACAUGGUUCAUAUUUAUGCAUUGGAAUUUGAAAAUAGACUAUGACAUUUUUAAAUAUACACUAUGAAUAUCAACCAACAACCCUAAAUUUCCCAGUGGCGCUGCCCUUAAUCAGAAUUGUUUAUUGGAUAUCCUAUGCGGUGACCUUUGGAGAUUCUUCUAGUAUCAGCAAGAAAAGGACUUUCUCUGUUACAUGAAACAUUUUUUAAAAGGAAAAUGGAACAAAACAAAUACUGACUAAUAGAGUGAAACCUCUGCUGCGUCAAAAAACAAAAACAAAGGCCAGCGAAGACAUGUUCCCUGUCUUAUGUUGGUCAAACAGGACUUAAAACACUUGACUUGAAAAAUCUGUGCUUUGAGCCAAAGUUUAACUCCUUGUAUGAAUUCUUUUUGACAGUAGUUCAUUCAGUUAUGUAUUAUUUCAACAUAUAGUUAUUCAGAGCCUACUGUGUUCCAUGCACUAUGCUAGACACUGUCUCUCUAGGAAAGCUCUUUCACCUUAACCUAUGAUAUUACUUGAAUAGUAGAACAGUCAAUGCAUGCUAACGAACCAUAAACUAGCAGAGAACAUUGCAUUCUUUAAUGGAAGAAAUUUAUUUAGAGUCUGACAACAUAUUGAAAACAUCUGUUUCUCCUAUACCGAUAGAGGGUAACACGUUAGCACAACCUUAGCAAUUGACUUCAAAAUACAUGAAAAUGUGUACAGAUGGUUCUCUAAGUAAGAAGCACUGCCUACCAGAGAAUAAAACUCUGGGCACUGUAAGAUCCUAUAAAUUAUCUGUCUCAAAUUUGAUCAGAAUAGUAGGAUAGAAUUUGAUCAGAAUCAUCACAAUUAGGAACUCAAUACAAGGCCUUUUAGAUGCUUUUCCAAACAUAGAUCUAUUUUGGCUGGUGAAAUGCUAAUCUUCUGGGAAGUUUUUGUGUCUGUAGUUUUGUAUUUCUGGGAAGUUUAGUGUUUUGGGGGGGGGCAGGUUUUGUACAGUAUCACAACUAGGGUGAGUAUUUUAAAAUUAAAAGAGUAGCCGAGGAACGGAGUAAAGAAGAAAACUCAUAGCCAAGGGGUAGGAUUCUGCUGACUCUGUUAAUGCAAUUUAUCAGGAUUUUCAUGUACUGACUUUUCUUUUUCAUUAGGUAGGCUUACCAACUUAAUUAAAUUUCUUGCAGCUGUCUUAUGACACUAAA